UGAAGAAACCUACUGAAGCUAAACGCAGGAUCAAAAUCGGGAGGCAAAAAAAGAGGGCCAUGGUGCGCAUGAAAUUUUUAUUUGUGGUGUUAGCUGUUGCCCAGCGACCGCCCCAAACGAAGGCUAUAUUUUGAAGCACCGCCAGUCCACGUGAGGUCGCGGGGCGCAGACCGCGCGCCACAAUUAUCAUGUCAAAUUGUUUGAUGCAUUCAAAUUUAAUUCGUUACGUGUCAACGUAAUUCGUUACCUUUGAAUGAUGAUUGAUGAUGUCUUAAUAAAAUAUUUUGAAAGGGUCAUUAAGUGUGUGUAACUGUUAGUAGGAGAGUGCGAGUGUAGUGCAGUGGCUGGGAGUGACCAGGAGUGGAACAACAGGUGAUGCCAUGACGCAGACCAACGUGACGACGCCGGAGACCCGCGGCGGGGUGCCCACCGCCACUGAGGAGAAGCUGAUGGUGGCGGUACGCGUGCGACCGCUGCGCCCAGAUGAAGGUCCCCGCAUCGUUCACGUGGUCAGCGAUAAGAUGUUGGUGUUGGAAGAGGAGUCGGACAGCCGGCGAGAUGUCCUCCGCCAACGACGAGUCAACGACAAGCAUUACGUCUACGACAGGGUUUUCAGUGAAGACAGCACACAAGAGGAAGUGUACGAGGCAGUAUGCGCGCCCCUAGUAGGCGGCGCGUUGCAGGGUUUCGCGGGUGCAGUGUUCGCGUACGGCGCGACUGGCGCUGGCAAGACGCACACCAUGACCGGGCUCAUGUCGCGCGCGCUCUCGCACCUCUUCACCAGCAUCGCGGAGAGCGACCAGCCCUCGGCCUACGAGGUAAAGAUGUCGUACAUCGAGAUUUACAACGAGAACAUUCGUGACCUGCUGAACCCCGGGGCGGGGCCGCUCGAACUGCGCGACGAGGGCGGCAGUGGCGCGCCCGUAGUGGCGGGGCUGAGCGAGGUCCGCGCCACCAGCGCCGGACACGUCGCCGAGCUCCUGGCGCGCGGCGACCGGGCACGCACGGCUGAGGCCACGCAUGCCAAUGAACAUUCUUCCCGAGGACACGCGCUCCUUAGUGUUACAGUCAGUAGUCCCGUGUCAGGCGGCGUGCAGCGCGGCCGCCUGUUCCUGAUCGACCUGGCGGGCUCCGAGCGCGCUGGGUUGCGAGCGCGGCGUCUCGAAGGCGCGCAUAUCAACCGGUCGCUGCUGGCGCUUGCCAACUGUAUCAUGGCGCUAUCGGGUGGAGCUAGAUACGUGAACUACCGUGACUCGAAGCUGACGCGGCUGUUGCGCGAGGUGCUGGGCGGGCGUUGCCGCACCGCCAUGGUGGCGCAUGUUGCCCCCGGCGGCGCGCACCGCGAGACCACGCGAUCAACACUGCACUACGCGCAGCGCGCCUCCUGCAUCACCAACAGGGUUGAAAGAGAGUUGAUAGCGACGCCGAUGCACCUGUCCCAGUACCGGUCCGUCAUCAACGACCUGCGCGAUGAGAUCGCCAGGCUGAAGCUCAAGAUGAAAGAUGACCGCUCAAGCACAAGAACAAUAGAAGAGCAGCAGCAGAUCGCAGCAGAAGUGUCGCAGCAGGAGACUGUAGAGAGCGCCGCCCACCUGAAGUCCCUCCGCGAAGCCAUCGUCUCCACAUUCAAGCAGCAGAUGCGGCUGCGGCGGCGGCUCAUGGAGCUGGACAGCCAUCUGCUAGGGCUAGCGCUGGACGCGGAGAGACAGCAUGCCGCGAUAUCGCACUGGGAGGCGCGGUUCAACCGACUCUACAAGCCCAUCAACAUGCCCACCUCAAGGCUCAGCACACAUCAGAGCUACAGAGGCGGCACGGGGUCCAGUAGCAGCAGUACGUCGGGCAACGAGCGCGCGGAGGCCGAGGUGGCGGUGGAGCAGGCGUGGGCCGAGCUGGCCGCCGUGGAGCGCGAGCAGGAGACGGCGCGCACCGAGCGCGCGCGCGUCGAGCGCCAGCUGGAGCAGGUGCGCCUGCGCGGCGCGCAACUCGAACAGGAGCUGCCCGCGCGCAUCAGCAGCGGGCCGGAGCGCGAGGUCCUGGCCCUGGUGUGCCGCGUGCACGAGCUGGAGGCCGACAAGCUGGCGCUGCAGGGCGAGCGCGCCGCCCGCGCGCACGAGCUCAGGAGGAGGGACCUCGCGCUGCAGCGGAGAGACGCGCAGCGGAGACUCUCCGACGAGAUCAUCACGCGCCAGCGACGGGCGCUUGAAGAGAUGAGUAUAGCGGUCCCACCAGAGUUGGGGCAAUUGUACGAGCUGUAUCAGCAAGAAAUCCACGCCUCCACCUACACGGAGAGCAACGAUGUCUACGCGCAGCACCGGUUGCCGCCUAUCUCUACUAGCAUGUCGGAGCUGGCGUGGUCGGAGAGCUCGUCGGGCUCGAGCUCGGGCUCGGGCGCGCCGGCGGCCGAGCCGCGCCUGCCGCGCCUGGUGCCCACGCCGCGCCCCAGGACCAGGUACAGCCAAGCGAGUGCGGCGACCAUGAAGCGGUACUCUAGCGACGACAGUCUCGUGAUGGUGGCUCCCCGCGCCGGAGACGCCGCGCCCUGACUCUUCGAGUAA